UUGUACAAAUUAACAUGAUUAAACAUGGACUACGAAUUUAAGCUUAAAACGGCCAAUGACAGGGCUAAAGUUGAAGAUUUAUUUGAUUAUGAAGGAUGCAAGGUCGGCAGAGGAACAUAUGGUCAUGUUUACAAAGCUACACGAAAGUCAACUCAGGGAAAGGAGAGUACUGCUAGUAGUGAUGCACGAGAGUAUGCUUUGAAGCAGAUUGAAGGUACAGGAAUCUCUAUGUCAGCAUGUAGAGAAAUUGCAUUGCUCCGUGAGUUAAAACAUUCAAAUGUAAUCAGCCUGCAGAAAGUCUUCUUGUCACAUACAGACCGAAAAGUGUGGCUGCUGUUUGAUUACUCCGAACAUGAUUUGUGGCAUAUUAUUAAGUUCCAUCGAUCAGCGAAGGCAAACAAGAAGACUGUCAAUGUACCAAAGAACAUGGUAAAAUCUCUGCUCUAUCAAAUUCUAGAUGGCAUCCACUACCUACAUGCAAACUGGGUUCUGCACAGAGAUUUGAAACCAGCUAACAUUCUAGUUAUGGGUGAAGGACCAGAAAGAGGACGUGUUAAAAUAGCUGACAUGGGUUUUGCUCGAUUGUUCAACUCACCACUGAAACCCUUGGCUGAUCUUGAUCCUGUUGUUGUAACAUUUUGGUACAGAGCCCCAGAAUUGCUGCUAGGUGCCAGGCAUUAUACAAAAGCAAUAGACAUAUGGGCAAUUGGCUGCAUCUUUGCUGAACUAUUGACCUCAGAGCCAAUUUUCCACUGUCGCCAGGAAGACAUCAAAACCAGUAACCCCUACCACCACGAUCAGCUCGACAGGAUAUUCAAUGUGAUGGGCUUUCCUCAAGAUAAAGACUGGGAAGAUAUACGGAAAAUGCCAGAGCAUCAGCAAUUGAUGAAAGAUUUUAAAAGAUCAACUUAUGUCAAUUGUAAUCUGAAUAAAUAUAUGGAAAAGCACAAAGUAAAAUCAGAUAGUAAAGCAUUUCAUUUGUUACAAAAGUUAUUAACUAUGGAUCCAACCAAACGAAUAACAUCUGAACAGGCAAUGGCAGAUCCAUAUUUCAGAGAAGAGCCACUCCCAUCUCAAGAUGUAUUUGAUGGCAUGCCAAUUCCAUAUCCCAAAAGAGAAUUUAUCACCGAUGAUGAGAACGAUGACAAAUCAGACAGUAAAGCUGGGGAUAAGGUUUCCAAGGUUCAGGUUGGUUCAAAAAUACCCAUGCAGUAUUGCUACAAGGGUGGACAAGGCACAGACCAGUCCUCGGCACACAAUCAACCGCCGGCUAAACGAGUGCGGGUGAUGCCACCGUCGACAACAAGCGGAAACAUGGUAUUUUAAACACACUUUAUUCCGCAUGUUCAAAACAUGCAGGGCUCUCAACAAGGAAUGUCUUUUUCUUCAAACACUCAAACGACAAGUGCAUCCAGCUUCGGACAGCGUUUUUGAUGACAGUGAUAACUUAGCCUCAACUAGUGACUAAUCUUAGCAAAAGCCACAGAGUUAUAGCUUUACAAAAACAUCCUGAUGCAAUAAAACUGCAGUUCCUAUCAUAAAGGUGCUCAUUAAAACCAGCAAGUGUCUGGAAGCAUUUGAAAAGGAAAGUGUAAUAAUUAAUUCUUCUUCUGUGGAUGUGGAUGUGUUUUUCAACAUGCAGAGUGAUGCUUGUGAUUGUUCAAAAUAAACAGUCCAUUGUGUACACAUUUCGGGAAAAUAUGUUAUACAUAGUCGUGAAACUGUAAUUUUAGAAUGCAUAGAAAUGGUAUUGUGAUCAGAAGUGUUUUUGUUACAGUGAUUUGUUUUACACUUUUAAAAGGUUUUAGAAAUGACAGUUUUCUACAUGAAAAACUUUGGAAUUGGGAAUAAAUUUUUAUAAUCAGGAUUGUGUGUCAGAAGCUAUAUAUGCAGUCAUCAAGCCAUCAAGUGGAUUUAAAGAAAAUUCCUCUGCUGCUUUCCAGGUGUUGUCUAAAUAUGGUGGUGUUACCAAUCAUUCUGCUUCCGGUUUUGUGUGUCAAAUAUCUCCAUUUGUGAAAGUGGUAGAGACCGUAAAAUUCCACAGUGGUGAAUUGAAUCAAAACUGUGAUAAAUCAUGAAUUUCAUCCAUUUUAUAAAUACAUUGAGAUCUUUUACAUUUCCUAGAACCAAUAUAUCGUGUAUGUGUUGUAUUCCAUAUUUGCUAGAGCGAUUGACUUUUUGUGCAAUAUAAUUUUGAGAGCCAGUUACAAAAAAGCCUGUUGGCAAAUGGAAUGGAAGAAAGAAGACACUAUCCAGUCUGUUUUCAUUGUUGAAGCUGUGAAAUAUGUUAUUGAUGAAAAGUUCAUUCUGUUGGCAAAUGGAAUGGAAGAAAGAAGACACUAUCCAGUCUGUUUUCAUUGUUGAAGCUGUGAAAUAUGUUAUUGAUGAAAAGUUCAUUCUGUGAAAUUAAUGACUGGAGAUACAUAUUAUAUGUAUAUUAUAAUUAUGAACUGUUAUUAACAUACCUGUACUAACAAAAUUAAUGCUUACAUGAUUGAAUGUGGAAAAUCAAUGUUAAGUUUUACAGAAUUAUUCUUUGCUGGAACAGAGAGUAUCAAAACAGACUUUGUUGUAAAACACUGACGAUUAUUAUGCCAUUCAUCCAAAUACUAAUGCAUGUGUGUUUAUCAUGGUCUGUAAUUAGAGGUAAGUGUAUACACAUGCCAAAAGUAAUGAAAUUUUUUUAAACUGAGAAAAUGGCCUAUUUUAAUAAUAAUUGCAUAUACAGUGAAAUGCCUAUGAACCGGACACCCUCGGGACCAAGUAAAAAGUCUGGCUUUAAGAGGUAUGCGGUUUAGAGAGGUCUCUUCUGCAAAAACGGAUCAUGAAAAACAUCUGGUUUUGAGGGAAUUCCAGUUUACAGAGAGUCCCGUUUUGAGAGGUUUCACUGUAUUAAGAACUGAUUUUACAAUAAUUCUAGCUUUAUUCGCAGCUAAUUGAUCAGUGAGAAUUGAGCGAGAAAUUAACUGUGCUGCAAUGACAUUCUGAACUGAACAGUCCUUGCCCCCCCCCCCCCCUCCUAAUUGGUGCCCCAUGACAGAUAUUGCUCUCCUGAAGUACCUGUUAAGACAUGAAAUAGUUGUAGAUUAAAAUACUAUAUUGCAAUUUGGCAGAAGUAGCCUACGUGGCAACAUCAGUUUUCCUCUCUCACUAUCUGCACCAAAUGUCUAAAUGUUAAGACACUAAAUAGUCGUAGAUUAAAAUCUGCUGAGGUGUCUUUACACAAAUAUUGUUUUUUGUUCCAUGCAUGAAUUGCCUCCCAGUCUUCAUUUCUCAAAACAAAUGGGGCAGGGUCUGACUGUUGGCAGAACUAAUAUUUCUCUUUAUAAACUAUUCAACAAAACUUACUGUCUGUAUUCAGUUUUUUUUUUUCAUAUUGUGCAGGGUCUAGCUGUUGGCAGAACUAAUAUUUCUCCAUAUAAAAUAUUAAACAAAAGUUGCUCCAUAUAUACAAAUUGUUUUAAUAAAACCAUACUUUUUAAAAUGUUAUGAAUGUUCAGUUUUUUCGUUUAGAUCUUUGUGGUUAUAUGAUUUAGAAAUGUAAUAAAGUGUUGAGUGAGACACAUGGGUGAAGGUUAGUGGGAAAGACUGAGUUUACAGAUACAUGUAAUGGAGUCUGCCACCAAUGGUGAAAAUGAUUUCACCUCUUUUCUUUUAAUAUACUUUCAUAUUGAAUUUUCAUACUGUGGGUGCUUAUAACUUGGACUAUUGAGUAUUUUAUGUGUGUAUAUUAUGGAUGUCUUAACUGAAUUCAGUUGUUAUAAAUGUUAAAAAAACAAAUAUAUAUGAUACAAAUAUGAA